AUGUCUCCACUUCUAAGAAGCGUUAUUGACAUCGCUGAAGUUUUCGAUCAUUAUGCCACACAUAGCUGUGAAGGAGCAUCACUGAGCAAGAAAGACCUGAAGAACCUCCUGGAAAGGGAACUUGGAGAUGUCCUCCAGAGACCACAUGACCCUGAGACGGUAGAUGUGAUCCUAGAACUUCUGGAUCGGGACUCCAACGGGCGUGUUGAUUUCAACGAAUUCCUCCUGUUCCUUUUCAAGCUUGCUCAAGCUUGCUAUUCGGCUAUCAAUCAGGCCAUAGGGCUAGAUGAGAAGAGGAGCCUGUCACAAGAUCGCAGGCAAGAAGACCAAAGGAGAUUCGAGCCCCGGGACGUACAACGGGACGAAGAACCCGGGCGCCGAAGCUGGCAGAAAAGACGUGAGCAGGAGGAGCGCGCUGAGGAGCAGAGCAGGAGGCAGGAGAGACUGGAGGAGCGACAGCAGAGGAGAGAACUGCAGGAACUGGAGGAGCGCCUAGCGGAGAAAGAGCCACUAAGCUGGAGCCAGGGUCCUGAUGCUGAAGAGUUUUCCGAGGAAGAGGAACAGCAAAGGCAAGAACUCAAGAGCAGGGAGCAGAGGGAAGAGAGACGGCUGCAGCAGCUGCGCGACCCCGAGCUGAGGCGUCAGCAGGAGUUGGUGGCUGAGGAGGACGAGGAGCAGACGCCACUCCGGGAGUCCCAGACUCUCACCCGGAGGUUGCAGAGGCAGCUCGAAAGCGAGGCCGAAGCCCGUCAGAACAAAGUCUACGCCAGGCCACGCAGACAGGAGCAGGAAGAGCGUCAGCUCCGGGAGCAGGAGCAACGGUCCCGGGAGCUCCAAAGGCAGCGCGCCCAGGAAGAGGAGGAACGCCUGGAGCAGCAGCAGCAGCAGAGGUCGCAGAGGCGACAGGCGGAGGAGCAGCGCUUCCGGGAGGAGGAGCAGCAGCGAGCAGAGCUCCAGGACAGCCUCCUAGAGGAACGCCAGAGGCGUCGUCAGGCCGAGCGCAGGCAACUGCAGGAAGAAAGCCAGAGGCGCCGCACGCUGUACUCCAAACCCAGCGCCAGGCAGCAGAGAGAGGAAGUGCUGCGGGAGGAGCGGCUGCUGCAAGAAGAGGCUCAGCAGCGCCGGCAACGGGACAGGAAAUACCGCCAGGAGGAGGAGCUGCAGCGGGACGAAGAGCAGCUGCAGCGAGACGAAGAGCAGUUGCAUAGGGAAAGGAGGCGCCUGCAGCAAGAGAGGCAGUAUCAAGAGGAGGACCUGCAGCAGGAGGAAGAGCGGCUGCAGCAGGAGGAAGGGCGGCUACGGAGAGAAAGGAGGCGCCUGCAGCAGGAGAGGCAGUAUCAAGAGGAGGACCUGCAGAGGCUGCGGGACGAAGGUCAGCGUAGGGAUCUGAAGUGGCAGUGGCUACCAGAGAAAGAAACUGAAGCUCGUGGCCGCAGGCUCUUCUCCAAACGCAGGGAGGAUGGAGAACAGAUCCGGCAGCUGGAGGAUUCUCUGGAGCAUGAGAGACGCUCACGUCAGGAUCGGCGGCCUCUGCAAGACGAAGCAGAAGAGAAGCGAGAGCUGGAGCAGGAGAGGCGGCGGCGACAGCGACAGCAGCGUGACCGGCAGUUCCAAGAGGAAGAGCAGCUGCAGCGAGAGCGCCAACGGGAAGCCGCACGACGAGGCGAGAGGCUCCGGGAGGAAGAGCAGCUCCUGAGAGACUCGAGGAGACGGCCACAGGAGAGGGACGGAAAGUUCCUUGAGGAGGAAAGGCAACUGCGGAAGGAGCGGGAAGAACUGAGGCAAAGACGAGAAGAAAGACAGUUCCAGGAGGAGGAGCUGCGCCGCCAAGAACUUAGGCAGGAGCGCGACAGAAAAUCCCGUGAGGAACAAGAGCGCCGCCAGCAGCGGCGUGAAGAGGAGCAGCUCCGGGAGGAAGAGCAGCUCCGUCAGCAAAGAGACAGGAAACUCCGCCGGGAAGAAGAGCGCCUGCAGGAGCUCGAGGAAGAGCAGCUGAGACGCCAGGAACGAGACAGGAAACUCCGCAGGGAAGAAGAGCGCCUGCAAGAGCUCGAGGAAGAGCAGCUGAGACGCCAGGAACGAGACAGGAAACUCCGCAGGGAAGAAGAGCGCCUGCAGGAGCUCGAGGAAGAGCAGCUGAGACGCCAGGAACGAGACAGGAAACUCCGCCGAGAUCAAGAGCGCCGUCAGGAGCUUGAGGAAGAGCAGCUGAGGCGACCUGAGCGUGAGGACAGAAGAUUCCGCCAGGAACAAGAGCGCCGCCAGCAGCGGCGUGAGGAGGAGCAGCUCCGGGAGGAAGAGCAGCUCCGUCAGCAACGAGACAGGAAACUCCGCAGGGAAGAAGAGCGCCUGCAGGAGCUCGAGGAAGAGCAGCUCAGGCGCCAGGAAUCCGACAGAAGAUCCCGCCAGGAACAACAGCUUCGCCAGGAGCGCCGUGAGGAAGAGCAGCUGAGGCGCCAGGAACGUGACAGGAAACUCCGCCGGGAAGAAGAGCGCCUGCAGGAGCUCGAAGAAGAGCAGCUGAGACGCCAGGAGCGAGACAGGAAACUCCGCCGGGAUCAAGAGCGCCGUCAGGAGCUCGAGGAAGAGCAGUUGCAGGACAGGAAGUUCCCCCGGGAACAAGAGCUCAGGCGUGACAGAAAACUCCGCAGGGAAGAAGAGCUCCGCCAGGAACUACAGGAAGAGCAGCUGCGAGACCGAAAGCUGAGGGUGGAGGAGCAGCUUCGCAGGGAGCGCGAGGCAGAGCGGCAGCGCGUUCAGGAACGUGACAGAAAAUUCCGCCGGGAACAAGAAUUCCGCCAGGAACUAGAGGAUGAGCAGCCUAGGGAUAGAAAGUUCCGCAGGGAACAAGAGCUCACACGCGACAGAAAACUCCGUGAGGAAGAAGAGCGCCUGCAGGAACUGGAAGAAGAGCAGCUGAGACGCCAGGAACGUGACAGGAAAGUCCGCCGGGAAGAAGAGCGCCUGCAGGAACUGGAGGAAGAGCAGCUGAGACGCCAGGAACGAGACAGGAAACUCCGCCGGGAAGAAGAGCGCCUGCAGGAGCUCGAGGAAGAGCAGCUGAGGCGCCAGGAACGUGACAGGAAACUCCGCCGGGAAGAAGAGCGCCUGCAGGAGCUCGAGGAAGAGCAGCUGAGACGCCAGGAGCGAGACAGGAAACUCCGCCGGGAUCAAGAGCGCCGUCAGGAGCUCGAGGAAGAGCAGUUGCAGGACAGGAAGUUCCCCCGGGAACAAGAGCUCAGGCGUGACAGGAAAUUUCGCCGGGAAGAAGAGCGCCUGCAGGAACUGGAGGAAGAGCAGCUGAGGCGACAGGAGCGUGACAGGAAACUCCGCAGGGAAGAGGAGCGCCUGCAGGAACUGGAGGAAGAACAGCUACAAGACCGAAAGCUGAGGGUGGAGGAGCAGCUUCGCAGGGAGCGCGAGGCAGAGCGGCAGCGCGGACAGGAACGUGACAGAAAGUUCCGCCGGGAAGAAGAGCUCAGGCGCGACAGAAAACUCCGUGAGGAAGAAGAGCUCCGCCAGGAACUCCAGGAAGAGCAGCUGAGACGCCAGGAACGUGACAGGAAAUUCCGUGAGGAAGAAGAGCACCGUCAGGAGCGCGACCAGAGAUUCCGCGGGGAACCAGAGCUCCGGAAUGAAAGGGAGGGGCAUCAGCGGCGCCGCCAGGAACUCGAGGAAGAACAGCUUCGCUUUGAGGAACAGCAGCUUCGCCACCAGGAACGCGAGCAACAGCUUCGCCAAGAGCGCGACAGGGAAUUCCGGGAGGAGAAGCAGCAGCGCCAGGAACGUGAAGAACUGCAGUUGAGGAGGCAGAAACGAGAUGGGCAGUACCAGGCUGAGAAUCAGUUUGCCAGGGAUACGAUUCGUAGUCGUCAGGAACAAGAACGUCGUCAGGAAGAGGAACGAAGACGUCGCCAAGAGCGGGAGAGAAAAUUUCAAGAGGAGCGGAUCCGUAGGCAGGAGGAGCAGAGGCGCCGCCAAGCCUUGGAGACUGGCACGCGCCAGUUUGCCAACGUCCCCGUGCGUUCCAGCCCUCUCUAUGAGUACAUCCAAGAGCAGAGGUCUCAAUACCGCCCUUAAAGGAUGCUGCUAGCGUCCUGGCACCAGCCAAAGAAAUGUUUCUUUUUCAAGCAAAAGAAAAUGAGAAACACUGGGUAUCAAAUGAUAACUCAUGUGUUUCUGGUUGUGGGAAAACUCUCUGAUCUUAGAAUGUCUUUUCCAGAAUCUUAAACUAUACCCAUUUCAUUUCUUUCUGUUCCUGUCUCUUAUUCUGUCUGGGGUAGUUCUUUAUUGCAAGAUGUCUUUGUUAUUUAGUGCAGAUGUGGUGCGCACUUUUCAAAAGAAGUCAUUUAAUUUUUUAAAGGAAUUUUGUUUGAGGAGCACAUUGAUUUAUUGCCUUCAUAGCUAACAAGAAUAAUGUAACAAUUUGAUAUUCAAAAAUAGUUGAGCCUCUAUUUUUAGUGGUAGAUCAUGUUGGGAACCCUCAUUUUUAUAAGUUUAAGUUGAUAUUUUCUUCGACCUAAAUAUCAUUUGUCUUUACCUCCAAACAGUUUUGUCGAUCUUUUUCUUGCAUAAUUUGACAACCCUCAAAUAAUGCAGGGGGGUGAUUUAUGUGAAAAAUAUUAUGUGAAAUCAGUUCAUAACUGAAAGAAAUCUCUCUUAAGAGAAAGACUUGCACAGGAAAUUAUUUUUUGGCAUUAUAUUUUUAUACUUAGCACCACUUAAAAUUUCAUGAAGCAAAAGCAAGGUGUUUCUCAAACAACUCCAAUUUAAAACUGCUGUGAUUUGUAGAGUUCUGUUCCACUUCCCCAAGUUUUGUUGGGUUUGAGAAUAUUACUACUUUUGUACAUGUUGGUUUAGAGGGAACCUACUCAAGACCCUGUAAACAUCUUUCUUGUUUGGGUCCAGCAAGAGUUCACAAGGUGAUGGAAGAAGGAAAGGGGAAGAUGUAUGAACAGAGGGCAAAUUUAUAGAAGUCUCUUGACUAGACUUAUCAGCCCACAGUCA